GCCAGAUGUUGGGCCAGGCAUUGGAAAGGCAUGAGGGCAAGCUGUGCCCCCUGCAAAGUGGCAGGGAGUGCAGUGAGAGACUAAACAUGGUACUCGCUGCCCGGGGGCACCCGAAAUACCAAAGCAGAAACCGGGGGUCGAUGCAUCGGGGCGAGGGCAAGUCCGGGGACUCUGCAAGGCUCAUCACUGAUACUGCGAGGGGGCCAAAGGAUUGCACUUCUCACACGCUGGGUGAACUGUGAUCUUGUGGCCAAUGCACAUUGCAUCAGUGAUAAGGGGGCAAGAUCUGCAGCUCGGCAGGGCGCGAGCAGGUUCGAGAUUGCUCAGAUAAGUCAGCGGCUUUCAAAGCAGCGAACUUCAGCCCGGCUGGCGUAAUCUUGGAGCCGGAGGAGGCUGGGGGCAGAGGAGUUUCCAGUGGAAAGGAGAAAACAAGAGUGCCUGUCCUUAAGAAGGGGGGAGAGGGGCAUCAGAGGCUUUACAACCACUCGGCCUCGCUGUGGUUCCUGGGAAGAGGCUGGGACACAUCAUCCAACCAUCAAUCUGCGACAAGCAACAGAUGGGUGCAUUAAGGACAAGGCCACAUGGUUUCCUUUGGUGACGGGGGCAGCUGGGGAGAGAACAGGCAGUAGAUGUGAUGUACCUGGACCUGAGGAAGGCUUCUGGGAUCAGGAUUCAGAGGGGUCUGGGCAAGCUAGAGAAAUGCUUUGAAAUCCAUAGGAUGUGAGGCAGUAAGGAUGAGGGCAGAGCACCAUGGGGCUGGGUAGGCAGCAGCUCUGGCAGGAAGGCACCAGGGGUUAUCACCAGUCAGGCUGAGCCUGUCACCAGCUUUGUGCCUCAGCAAAAGAAAGCUGGUGCCACCUGGGUUGUGUCAAGAAAGGUGGUGAAAUCACCAUCCAUGGAGAUUUUUAAGACCCAGGUUGACAAAGCCUUGGCUGGGAUGCUGGGGCUGGGGCUGGUCCUGCUUGGAGCAGGGGGUUGCAGUAGAUGUGAUCUCCUGGGGUCCCUUCAACCCUCAUCUUCUAGGAUUUUAUGUAUUGCAGGGGAGAGUCGGGAAGGACCUCUGGCUUUGGGGCCUUGCUUCACUAAACCUGCUUUCUUGGGACUUGGAUACUGUAGCUCCCACUGGGUUUCUGCCCCCCCAUAGGGCGCUGCGAGUUUGCAGGGGUAGUUGUGGAACCACCGUGAGGCUCGGGCUCUCCUGUCCUUGCAGACGCAGGAGCUGCUGUCAUCUGCCGGAUGGGCUCUCGAGGCCCUGGGGCUGGCAAUACCCCCUGGGGAUCAGCCCCUACCAGCAUUAUACAAAGUCUUGGGGCUUCUCCAAGAAGGGUCUGGAGCGUGACUUGGUCUGGACACCCCUGCCCUGCCGGGCAGUCUUCAUUCUGCGCUUGGCUCUUGCAAGGCCUCCCUGCUCGCCUGCGAGUAGCACUAGUGGGAUGCUGCAGCCGUGACGGGCUGAGGAUUACGCGGGGGGCGAGGGUUUUUUGGAGUGAGAUUGCCUGUUGGACCGACUGCGCGGCCAGGAUGGAGUGAGGCGAACUUUCAAGCGCAAAACAUUUCUCUGGGUGGAGGAAGAAAGCAAGCCUCCCCUUGCUCGGGCCCUGGAGCGAGGCGGGAGGUGGGGAGGGGGUUAUCUUAGAUGGUGCUUUCUUACUUUUUCCCUUUUACAGCCUCUGGACUAUCAGUAGAUUGCUCCCUGGCCACCAUCCAGCAUCUCCUGCUGCGUCAGGUCUGACCUUAGCUGCCCCGAUCCAUGGAGCGGUGGCUGGGAAAAGCCCAGCCCUUUCCCCUACGCUCCCUGGGAGAGGAUGGGACAAAAGCAGCCACCGGCUACAACCCCUUGCUGGGACCAUCACAUCCCAGGGGUACCUGCCUUUGUGUCUCCAUCACGUUGCAACCCUCAAAUGGGCCCAAUAAGGUCCUUCUGUCAUCAGGGAGCAUCUUCCUGGAGCGUCUCUCCCUGCCCCUCUCUGCGGCGGUGGUGAUGGGCAUUUUCUGUCCUCAGUCCAUCCUGUUAAUGCUAUGACUGCUUCCCCGGCUCUGACUCAUGCUGGCCAGACAGCUCGGUGUCUGAGAGGCAGGCUGCAGGCUCUCUGCUCUCCCCGCUCCCUUUCCUCUUCCUCGACCCUUUGCCAGGCCUGCUACUGCUGCAACCCGUGUGCCAGAGCGUGCGCUUCCGUCCCGUGCCGGUGCUGCCUGGUGCUGCGAUGCCCCGCCAGCCCACCUUCCUUUCUGGCAUGGGACACGCCAGCCUCCUCCCCUGGAUCUUCUCCACUCUUCCCAAUUGCUUCCGCUGCUGCUCCUCUUCCUUCCCCUGCCUUUGUUCUGGGGGUUAAAGAGCCACCGUGCAAGCUGCUUCGGUCUCUCCUGGAGCAGUCGCUCCGCGCAGCUGGGUGUGUUAGCAGAGCAAGGGGCUGGGCACGGGCAGGGGAAGAUCCUGGAAAUGGAGGGGUUCAAGAGCAAAGGGAAUCGGGCACCGUGUGGGCUGCGCUUGCUGGGCAAAACUGUGGGACCCACUGCUCCAACCUCAGCCCAGUAGCUGCUUGGAGUAGAUGCGUUUUCCAAACGGGCAGGGCAUUUCCCACGAGGCAGGUGGGAGCUGAGCCAUGCUCCUCGCUUGACCGUAGCAGGGUCCAGCAUCAUGCUGCUCAACCCAAAGGACCCGGGAGGAGCAGACGUGGAGCUAGACCCAUGGAUCAAACUGAUCAAACCCCUUCCCUCUGCAGAAGGCGCCAGGGGUGGGGGGAACCCAGCCAUGGCCUUUCUUUAUGCAUGGGGCUGCCCACUUGGUAUUGCUAAGGGCAUGUCUUAUGCCAGGCAUGUGAGGCUGUAGCAGGGGGGUAACCACACCCUCCACGGUCGAUCUAGGGGUCCCUUUUCAUCCCAGUGAUCCUCAACCGGGGUUUUGUCAGAUCCUUUUAAGGGUGUAGCACAAUACAAGCACAGUUUGGUGUGCAAACACCCGCACAGGAUUCACGGGAGAAACCCAGAGAUUUCCAGGAGGGAGCCAGAGGGCCCAAACCCUGCUGCAGGCCACCUGAGCUAUUUGCCACAGAAGGACGGCACUAGUAUUUUUCCUGCAGGAAAAAAAAGUCAAAACCUGCCCGUAUGGUCCCGUUAAGGCUCUCCUAGUGCUGGGGUGCAGUCAGCCAAACUCCCCCAAAGCUUUGCUAGCUCCGUCCAGGGCCCAGCUGUACCCUGCGUCAUGCUUUACCCACUCCGCUAUUUUAACAAGUGUUUAGCAAGGACACCAAAAAUCUGCGGGGCUUGCACUUUUAUUUCUCCUUUUGACAAAGCCAUGAUGACUGGGGAAUGGGCAGGAUUGUAGUAUCUCCUCCUUCCGUUUCUUGAUGCAAUCGAGUUCAGUCUCAGAGCACCGUGCGAGGGUGCACAGAGAGGCACGUCCAUUCGUGGCACUGCACAACCGGGAGAUGGCAGCACGGUGGGUCCUGCUGGGGCUCCUGGCCGCCUGCGUCACUGAGGCCGCCAAGAAGGACAUGCUGAACGUGUGCAUGGAUGCCAAGCACCACAAGACCAAACCAGGGCCGGAGGGGGAGCUGCACAACCAGUGCACCCCCUGGAAGGACAACGCCUGCUGCACGGCCAACACCAGCAUGGAGGCUCACAAAGACCAGUCCUACCUGUACUCAUUCAACUGGAACCACUGUGGGGGCAUGAAGGACAAGUGCAAGCGCCACUUCAUCCAGGACACCUGCUUCUACGAGUGCUCCCCCAACCUGGGGCCCUGGAUCGUGCAGACGGACACCAGCUGGCGCCGGGAGCGGAUCAUGGACGUGCCGCUGUGCAAGGAGGACUGCGACCAGUGGUGGAACGACUGCCAGGACUCCUUCACCUGCAAGGAGAACUGGCACAAGGGCUGGAACUGGACGACAGGAAGCAACCAGUGCCCCCGGGGCUCCGAGUGCCGCCCCUUCAAGACGGUCUUCCCCCAGCCGGCCGACUUGUGCGAGAAGCUGUGGUCCAGAUCCUACAAAUACACGACAGAGAGCCAGGGCAGCGGGCGCUGCAUGCAGAUGUGGUUCAGUAACACCGAGGUCAACCCCAACGUGGCCGUUGCCGAGUACUACGCCCGGCUUGCCGGGGCUCCGAUGCCGGGGCCUGGCGCCUGGCUGUUUCUGCUGGCCCCUGCCCUGCUAGCUUUGCUCUGAGGGCCAGAUGCUGGCUCUUCCGGCCUGGGGGGAAGGCUGCAGGGGCGCUCGCUGGGCUCUGGCUCCCCCUCGUUUACGCUGGACCCAUUUCUGCUCCUGACACCGGGACAAAAGAGGCUGCUGAGGUGACAGAGACGACCCCGGCUCCCCUUGACGCUUCGCUCCCUGCACCCAUCUUCUCCCUGGCUGUGUGCAGCGAACACCUUCUCCAUGGUGCCCAGGGGCAGAACUUUCCCCCCCACCCAGCGAGUCUGUCCUGGGUGUCUGUCUAUCCAGGAGAGUCUGUGCAGUUGUCCACUCCAGUGCCUGGCUUGUCUGUGCCCUUCGCUACAGGGGAGCCCACAGCCCUGACCUGGCCCCCAAGCCCUUGACCCUCAGGACAGCAGCAAGACAGCCCCAGGUGCUCUCCGCACAGCCUGGGCAAACUGCGGCGGGAGAGGGGGGACAUAGAGCCAGAAGCCAAACACUUCGAGGGGGCAACUAGGGGACCGUCAUCCCCAACCAGGGGAGGGCUGGGAGCAUGCAGUUACCAGGCACCUCGUCUUCCCUAGAGGCUUGGGCUGGGGGGUCUUCAGGUGAGCUCCGGGCAUGUUGCCUCCCUCCUCUCCCAUCAGCUUCCUUUGCAGCGAGGGGCGAGUCACUGCUGCAGGGCAAUGCUUCCAGCACUUGUCCACAGCCCAGCUCCUGCACCGGCGGGCUGCAAUAUCCCUGGCCAUUUGCACACAGGCUCAAGCUGCACCCCCAGCCAGUGCUGCCCUCAGGCCUGCCAGCUGCAGCUGGCACCAAUGCUGCAUGGGCAUUUGGGGGUCAUGCAUGAGUGAGGGGACACAUCUACUUCCCUGGUGCACGCGGACCUGGCAAUAAACUCGAUCAACUCUCCAGGCUCAUCUUUUUGCUGCAUAAGUAUUUGGGGGUCAUGCAUGGGUGUGGGUGUCACAUCCACUUCCUUGGUGCACGCAGAGCUGGCAGUAAACUUGAUUGAAACCUC